AUGCAUAAAUUAGCAAGAUCAAAUAUCCUUUCAAUUUCAAGUCAAAUGGGAUUCCAAAAUGAAAUAUCAUUUGAUCAAUUAAAUUAUAAUGAUCUCAAUCCAAGACAAUGGAAACCAAAUCAUACAAAACAAUUUUUAAAUGAAAUGAAAUCAAAUUUACAAUAUAAUAUCGAAUUACCAAAUAUUGAGUGUCAAAAUGGAUCUGAUCUAUUAAUGUGGACAAGAGAAGAAUUUAUCAAUGCAUGUCCAGAAUCAUUCGAACAUUUAGCAUUGGAAAUAUUUGAACAAUUACAUAAUAGAAUAUUAAUGACUCAUCAUCGUGAAAGAUACAAUACAACUAUAAAUAGAAUGGAAAGAUCAAUUUCUAGAAUUCAACAUAUUGGUAAUUGUUUAAUUCAAUCAAAUUUGUAA